AGCGGCUCAGAUGUCCGUUAGCUGUGGCUCUGGCGCUCCGCACCCUCUGUCUGCGGCAGCGGGGGCUGGCGGCUCCGGCCCCUGCCUGGCCCCCAGCCCCAGCCCCAGCCCCAUGCCCCAGCCCUGACCCCGUCGCCCUCCCCCGCGGAGGGCCUCGCCCCGUGCCCCCUGCCCGCCCCGUCCAAGCCGGGCACCAUGAACGACCAGUACCACCGGGCGGCCCGGGACGGCUACCUGGAGCUCCUCAAGGAGGCCACCCGGAAGGAACUAAACUCCCCCGACGAGGAUGGCAUGACUCCCACCCUCUGGGCUGCCUACCACGGCAACCUGGAGUCGCUGCGCCUCAUCGUGAGCCGCGGGGGCGACCCGGACAAGUGUGACAUCUGGGGCAACACGCCCCUGCACCUGGCAGCCUCCAAUGGCCACCUCCAUUGCCUGUCCUUCCUGGUGUCCUUCGGAGCCAACAUCUGGUGCCUGGACAACGACUAUCACACGCCGCUGGACAUGGGCGCCAUGAAGGGCCACAUGGAGUGUGUGCGCUACCUGGAUUCCAUCGCAGCCAAGCAGAGCAGCCUCAAUCCCAAACUGGUGGGCAAACUCAAGGAUAAGGCCUUCCGCGAGGCGGAGCGGCGCAUCCGCGACUGCGCCAAGAUGCAGCGCAAACACCAUGAGCGCAUGGAGCGGCGCUACAGACGCGAGUUGGCUGAGCGCUCUGACACGCUCAGCUUCUCCAGCCUCACCUCCAGCACUCUGAGCCGCCGACUACAGCACCUGGCGCUGAGCAGCCACCUGCCCUACUCGCAGGCCACGCUGCACGGCACAGCCCGGGGCAAGACCAAGAUCCAGCGCAAGCUGGAGCGGCGCAAGCAAGGCGGCGAGGGCACCUUCAAGAUUUCUGAGGACGGCCGCAAGAGCGUGCGCUCCCUCUCGGGCCUACAGCUGGGCAGUGAUGUGAUGUUUGUGCGCCAAGGCACCUACGCCAACCCCAAGGAGUGGGGCCGUUCCCCGCUCCGGGACAUGUUCCUCUCCGACGAGGAUAGCCUCUCCCGUGCCACGCUGGCAGCCGAGCCAGCCCACUCGGAGGUCAGCACUGACUCGGGCCACGACUCCCUGUUUACACGACCUGGCCUGGGCACCAUGGUGUUCCGAAGGAACUACUUGAGCAGCGGUCUGCAGGGUCUGGGCCGCGAGGAUGGGGGCCUGGACGGGGCUGGCACGCCGCGGGCUCGGCUGCAGAGUUCCCCGAGCCUGGACGAUGACAGCUUGGGCAGUGCCAACAGCCUGCAGGAGCGUAGCUGCGCGGAAGAGCUGCCUUGGGAUGAGGUGGACUUGGGCCUGGACGAGGACUUGGAGCCUGAGACCAGCCCACUGGAGACCUUCCUGGCCUCCUUACACAUGGAGGACUUCACCGCCCUCCUGCGGCAGGAGAAGAUUGACUUGGAGGCGCUGAUGCUCUGCUCAGACCUGGAUCUGCGCAGCAUCAGUAUUCCGCUGGGGCCACGCAAGAAAAUCAUGGGAGCCUUGCGGAGACGGCGCCAGGCGCUGGAGCGCCCACCUGCCCUGGACGACACUGAGCUGUGA